AUGACUAUUAUCAAGACAGCGACUCUCGUCGCCUUGGCCGCUGCACUGGCAAAUGCCCAGUCUGCAAACCCUGGCGUUGGUUCAAACCCCAAGGCCGAGGGUGCAACCGACGAAGUCACUCCGAAUACUGGACCCAAUGGAUCCGAAGAUUGGCUAAACACCGGUAUUACCGACAGUGGCUGGAAGCCGCCUUUCCUCGCACUCGAAGACAUCUACCACAUCUCGCUAGAUACUUUCUACGGCGGUAUCGGAUCUUCUUGCAAGCAGUACGACCAGUAUUUCCAAAGUGCCGGAUCAAAGUACAAUGUCGAUCCCGUCAUCCUAGCCGUCAUCGCGAUGCAGGAAUCCUCCUGCAAUGCUGAUGCCGGCGGGCCAACCCCCGGAUUGAUGCAGGUCUCUUGCGCCAACUAUCCUAACGGCCAGUGCACCGACUCGAUUCAGGAUAACGUCGAUGCCGGCACCAACUAUCUGCAGGGCCAGAUCAGCUCGAAUGGCGGCAAUGCGAUCCAGGCCUUUGGCGCGUAUAACGGAUGGUUCGUGGCUGGUAAUGGAUUGAACGAUAACAAGGGACUCACAGAGGAUUAUCCCUGCUCCUCUGAGGGACAAUCGAACGGAGUGCCCCAAAACUUGGAUUAUCUUCACCAAGUACUCAAUGGAUGGUUGUUGGGGCUAGAUGUCUAUGGUGAUGAUAACUGGAUUGGAACUUACAAGUGUGACCAGUCUUGCAGCGAUGGCAGCAAGUGCUAA